GGCCUCCUCUGAGCACGGCUUCUCACCUUCGAGCGUCAAGUCGCCUUUUUUUUUUCCUUCGUCACCUUGUGGGUCUUUUAUUUGGGAUUGGACUUUUUUUUGCUCGUUUCUCAACUCCAAGUUUAAGGACCAAACACGCAUGAGGACGUCCCGCCUCUGAAGAUGCUCCAGCAAAGGUCUUGUGUGGCUAGGCUGUCUCCCGUGGUUACGCUCGCACCCACUCAGCAGUCGUGGACGCUUGUGACAUGGUGAAAGCCACAUGAGAGCCCGCCCGCCGCGAUGGCUUCCAUGGUUGCCAACGGAAACCAAGAUGGGCAGUCUCUGGUGCUGCAAGGCGUGGACCCAGAGACCUGCAUGAUUGUCUUCAAGAACCACUGGGCUCAGGUGGUGAAGAUCCUUGAAAAACACGAGCCCUCACGCGGCAGCGCGCCCGCCUUGCCCUCGCUGGCCGUCCUCAACCUCGGCGGCGGCCCCCGCUUCGGCCCCGUGCCGGGCGACGAGGCGAGCGCGGUGCAGAACUACGUGGAGCACAUGCUCUUCCUGCUCAUGGAAGAGGAGUGCGGUAAGGCCGGCGCCAUGGGCCCCAUCCUGGAGUUUGUGGUGAUGGAGAACGUGAUGGAGCGCCUGUUUGUGUGGAGCCUCCGCAGGGAGUUCACCGACGACAUGAAGCUGGAGCAGCUGAAGAUGUACGAGAUGCUGGUGGGCCAGUCGCGCCAGCCCCUGCUGCAUCACAAGCCCGUCCUCAGGCCGCUCAUGAUGCUGCUGUCGGCGUGCUCGGGGACGGCGGCGCCGCGGGUGGAGGCUCAGCUGGUGCUGCUGCUCCACCAGCUGUGCUGCGUUCUGGCCAAGGACCCCUCCAUCCUGGAGCUCUUUUUCCACACCAGUAAGGACCAGGGAGCUGCCAACUUCCUCAUCUUCUCCCUGCUCAUCCCCUUCAUCCACAAGGAGGGCACGGUGGGCCAGCAGGCCAGAGACGCCCUGCUGCUCAUCAUGUCCUUGUCGGCCGAGAACCUGCGAGUGGCCAAACACGUCGCCGAGAACACCUUCUUCUGUCCGGUUUUGGCCACGGGCCUGAGCGGACUCUACUCCUCCCUGCCCACCAAGCUGGAGACUCCCAGUGAAGAGUGGCACUGCCUGCACAGGGAAGACUGGCUCAAGAUGCCCUCCUUGGUGCAGUUUCUCAACUCACUGGAAUUCUGCAACGCUGUUACUCAAGUGGCCCACCCAGAUAUCAGAAACCAGCUACUGGGCUACAUCUACAAUGGAUUCCUCGUUCCUGUACUUGCUCCUGCGCUCCACAAGCUGACCCUGGAGGAGGUCAUGACCACCACGGCGUACCUGGAUCUCUUCCUGAGGAGCAUCACUGAGCCGGCUCUGCUGCAGACCUUCCUCUCCUUUAUCCUCCUGCACCGUCACGAGAACGUCCACAUUCUGGACACGCUGGUCAGCCGCAUCAACACCCCCUUCCAGCUGGGCGUCGUGUCGCUGGCACUUUUCCGCACGCUCAUCGGUUUGCACUGUGAAGACGUGAUGCUGCAGCUCGUCCUCAGGUACCUGAUCCCUUGCAAUCACAUGAUGCUGAGUCAGCGGCGUGUGGUGAGGGAGAGGGACUUCUACUCCAUGUCGGCCGCCAAGAUGCUGGCACUCACGCCCUCCUGCUGCACUCCCGACCGCAGCCCCCCGCCUCUGAGACAGCUAGAGUCCAUCCUCUUUUCCAAAGUGGAAAAAGACGGCGUCUCCAAAGAGAGCGAGGACUCGGGCAACUCCUCCUGCACCAUCGGUUCAGAGAUCUACUUGGACGUCAGCUACCUUCAUUACCUCAACGACGCCCAAAUGCGCAUCGGCAGCUGCAUGCGGGCCUGCCACGUGUGGUCGGCCCCGUACGACGGCGAGGACCCCCCUCCAGAGAAGUACCAGCCGGGCGUCCUGGAGGAGCCCGGGGCGAGGAGCCUGCAGAGGAGGGUUUCACAGCCACGGGCGGCGCCGCGUCUCCGAUCCAACUCCACGGCGUUAAAGUCCGCCCAGCUGGAGCUGGAGUGGGACGACAGUUACGACGCGUGUCCGGUGCAGACCGCCGAAGAUCCCGUCGAGGCGAAACCUCCGCUCUCGCCUUCCGCCGAACCUCCGAAGCACAUAGAGGAGAUGAGGAGGUCGGCCGUCUUGUUUGUGCAAGGCUCGUACAUCGAGGAGUCCGAGUUCCAGGACGACGUCAAGGUGUACGAUCUUGUGGCGAAAAAAGACACCAUAGCCAAACCCAACAUGAUUGAAUCCGGACAACGUCCGCCAGGCGCGCCCGAAGCUCCUCCGAAGAAAGGACUCAGUCGCCAGGCGAGCAAGAACACGUCCUCUCAGACGGAUCAGAAGUCUUCCGCUGCCGAGGACCUCCUGGCUCAGUACGAGGAGCUCCUCCGGACGCUGGACGCAGAAGCUGGCGCAAAAGCGGCCAAGUCUGAGGCGGAGCGGAAGAAGUCCGUCACAGCCGGGGACGAGGACGCAGAGGACAUGGACUUUGCAUCCUUCUCGGCGGAGACCCCGGAGCCAGAGAAGGUGCAUUCGCCGUUUAGUUCAGCGUUCCGGCAUCCGAGCAGAAGUCAGUCUGCACCUUUCACAGGUCCGUUCGUCAGCGUGCUGCUGUCCCGCCUGGAGAACAUGCUGUCCAACUCGCUCCACGUCAACUUGUUGUUGACGGGCAUCCUGGCCCAGCUGGCCGCCUACCCUCAGCCUCUGCUGCGCUCCUUCCUGCUCAACACCAACCUGGUGUUUCAGCCCACUGUCCGCUCGCUCUACCAGGUCUUGGCCACGGUGAAGAACCAGAUCGAGCAGCUGGCAGCGAGCAGGAAGGACUUUCUGGAGACCAUUGUCGCCGCCCAACACUGGCUGCUGGCCAGGGAGACUUUGUGCGGAGAAGCAGACACAAGCGUAGCGAGAGUCGCCAGGAUCUUAACGAGCUCUCCUCCAGCAAAGCCCAAGUCCAUCUCCCCGGAGCGGACCGACGUGUUUGCCACCGUCCUCUACACAGAGUUCCUGAAGGAACUGGCAGCCCUUGCACAAGAGCACUCCAUCUUGUCUUACAUUCCUAUGGAAGAGUAAUUCAGUCCAAACCUUUAGGACUUUUUAUCCGGCACUACUGGUAAAAGACAUUUUGUACGUCCAGUUUGGAGUUGUUUUAUUAGAUUUUUACAAAAGCUAAGGCAAUCACCGGUGUAUGUGCAUUGGGAACAUGUCCACAACCAAAGACACCAGUCUGCUUUAUUUACAGCCUUUCUCAGCAGGGGCUCCUGG